AUGGUAAAGCAGUUGGGGAUGAAGCCUGAAGGUGUGUAUCAUCGAUUGAACCAGCGGCUGAAAGCUAGUCAUCAGGUGAUGAACCCGCUCUUGGUUUUUCCCUGUUUGGUAGCAUUGAACCCAGGAUUAAGGAUAUCCAUAGUUGCAGCUGGUGGCCGACAUACAUUGGCAUUAUCAGUUUCAGAUAUAGGACAGGAUUUGUACUGGCUGGCUGGCCGAGGCCUUAGAAUAGGGUUACUGCUUGAAAUUCGGUUCUGGAGAGGACCUGUUUACAGGGAUUCUUACGAUGAGCGACAAAUCGUUUUCAAGGAACCUCAUGUAAACAAGAACCGUGGAGCGCUAGAAGGGCUUAUUUUGAAUGAAAAUCAAUUUGAAGGCGAGGUGCCAAGUUCCUUGUCCAAAUGCCAAUCCUUGAAAGUAGUUGAUAUAGGAAACAACCACUUAAAUGGAACAUUCCCUCACUGGUUAGAAUCUCUUCCAAAUCUACAAGUUCUUGUUCUCAAGUCAAACAGAUUUCAUGGACAAAUUGUACCAUCUUCGACCGUUGGAUUGAGAUUUCCAACUCUCCAAGUUAUCGACUUAUCUCAUAAUGGGUUUGAAGGCCAACUCCCAAUAAUAUAUUUUCAGAAUUUUAAUGCCAUGAAGAAUGUUGUAAAUAAGAGUACACCAGCAAAAUAUUUGUCCGUGGGUCGCCAGUUUUACUCAUUCGUUGUUACUAUAAAAGGUGUGGAGCAAGUUUUUACGCAACUUUAUGUUAGUUAUACAAUUAUUUGUAUAUCACACAACAAUUUUGUUGGGGAGAUCCCAGACAUCUUAGGAAAUCUUAGCUCAUUGGUAGUGCUUGACUUAUCCCAUAACAGCCUCACCGGUCAAAUCCCACAUACACUUGGAAAACUAUCAGAAAUUGAAUCCUUAGACCUAUCUUGUAACCAACUUAUAGGAAAGAUCCCUCAAAGUCUUGCAGACUUGAUGUUCAUUGAGUUCUUAAAUCUCUCGCAAAACCAUCUCGUGGGGGUCAUUCCAGUAGGAAAUCAGCUCAAGACAUUUCAAGAGGACUCAUUUGAUGGGAAUCCGAAUCUCUGUGGGGUUCCAUUGCCCAAAAAGUGUAAUGAUAAUCUACAUGAUCCACAACUUGAAGGUGAUCAUGGAGAUGAUGAUGAAGAUAGUGGGUUUACAUGGAGAGUGGUGAUGUUGGGAUACGGAUGUGGGGCGCUUUUUGGAUAUCUCAUGUUGUCAACUAGAAGACCAUUGUGGUUCAAUGCAAUUGCCGAUGCUCUGGAGCAAAUGAUCUUAAAAAGGCGAAACAAAAAAAGAUACGUAUAUAUAGGAAAAUGA